AUGAAAAAGAGGAGGCCAAUACCCAAUCCUACAAAGAUCAGUUCCUACUUUUUCCAGCAGCUGGUAAGCCCAGGUGCAACAACUCCGGAUGAUAGGAAGGAGCGUGCCCAGUCCGAGCAAACGAAGCGGGCUGCCGCGUCGGUGCUAAGUGAGUCGUUUACACCAGAGGGCGUCGCUGCUUUCCUUCAGAGUAGGUCAGAAAUUGAGCGACAGCACAGUGAAGCGCUAGAGGAUGUGCUUGAUGCUUGUUGGAAGCGUGUUGAGGACAUAAUCGAGCGAAAUAAGGAGCGCCGUCGGGUUAUAGAGGAGGACAUUCCCCAAGUUGUUGCUCCCACAGGCACGUUCACCUUUUGGACACCCGAGGGCGUUGAACAAUACUACAGCCUGAAAACUUUGCCCGUUUUUGCCAGUGAUGAGGAAGGCGUCAGAAGCGACAGCAAUGGCUUCGGUACCGACAAUAGCAACGCAAUGAAAAGUGAUAGAAAUGGCCCUGCUGCCGCUGACCAUGCAGUAAUUUCGCCUCAGGGUCGCUCAGCGGAGGACAAAGUUGACGGAAACGCAGCGGCAGAGGGGGACGGGAGGACUGAUCCGGUUGCUGAAUUUUCAUCCCAAAGGGCAUGUGGCAGGGCGCCCAUUGUGUCGGGAGCCCACCAUACGAAGGGGCGGAAAUUGACGGACAAAGAACUUCUUGAUGAAUCGAAGGUCCCCCAUUGUCUGCGUCGGUUGUUCGCCUCACUUCUUAGGCGUCGCAACGAAUUUCCCAAAUCAACAACACUUCUAUUUGAUGCAAUCCAGCGAACGCAGUCGGAGAGAUUUCCUGAAAUUGAAGCGGUGAUCGAAGAUGUACCCUUUUCAAUGCCUCUUCAUCGACCAUUUAGAUGCAUCGCUGCCUUCGUGGCCCGGUCUUUCGCAGAGAACCCCAAGGGUGAAGCACCUGAGCAGGCAUUUGCUGCGACUUUCAAAACGGUGAGCAAAGAUUUGAAGACGGCAUACGAGAAACUGCAUGAACUAAAGGGUUAUGUGCACCCUGUGGGUGAACGAACAGAUCGGGCGGAAGUCAUCUACAAAACCCUUUUGGGUGAGUUGCAGGGUCGGAAGAGUCUUCAUGAAACCUACGGUAUUGAUAUAGAAGCCAUAAUGAAAGCAUCGGCAGUGGAGCUGAGCGUGAUGGAGGGGGCUCUUAAAGAGUGUAAUGAAACAUCCCGGAGGUUGCUUGCCACCAUUGAGGAUCAGACCGCACAGUUCAUAGCUGACGUGCACACCAGCCUUGAUCGACGAGAGGAGGCUAUAGAGGAAAUUGCCUCGUUCUACAAGCGGGAUCGUGAUCGCCUGCAGUCGUCAUUGCAGAGGAAGAUUUAUCGUGCGAAGAAGAGUGAGGAACUUCAAGAAAAGUGCGCUCGACGUAUUCGGGAGGUUACGAAGGAGCUUUACAUUGAGCAGGUCAAUUACGAGGAGCUGCUGCAGGAAAUAUUGGCAGAGAGUUUGCUGCUACAGCAGCUGGACAGCAGCUACACGCAGUUGUCAAGUUCGCUUAAUAACGCAGCUUCCGUUCAUCAGGAAUCAAAGAUAAGCUCUAUUAGGGAGGCGCUUCAGCGGUCGGAAGAUGUUCGUGUGCAUCUCAUUGAACAAUGUCAGUUCCACAUAAACCGACUUAAAAAGGACGAGCACUAUCGGCUCUGCCGCUUAGCCACAAACGCCAAGGAUAAUGCAUUGUGCUGGUCUCGCUGCCUGAACGACCUUUCAACAAUAUAUGAGACUCACUUUAACUCCCUAAAUGAGAAGUGCAGGGUCUCCACGCAAAUGCGUUACCUUCUUUCGUACGAGAAAGAUUGCGUUUCUCGUGACCUGAACCAAGUUCAAAAGGAAAUGGAACAGUUAGAUAGCAAAUGGCACGAAAUUUCCACUCUCCUGGAGGAACUCGGUGAACCAGUUCCACCACUUUCAUUACUUGAAAAGGACCCCUCGUGUGGAGAGCUCCGCCACGCUUUGACCGCACUGGCAUUAACUCGCCUUGUGCAUGGAGAGUCUUCCCACCUUGUGCGCCCCGAACAGUGGAGAGAGCGAACUGUUGUGGCCACCGGUGACGGCAGUGCGACUGCGAAUGAUAUGUCGUAG